UCGAGUAAUAUUUAUGGAAAAGAGGAGUCGUUUUAGUCAUUACGAUGAGCCAGGUAUGUCUUAAUUCAACCUACUUCCAUCUCACAUGUUCUAGAUCAGAUAUUUGGAGGUCUUCCUGACUGAAAAUUUUGCAAGAUUGGGUAUAUGAGAGAAGAAAGGCUCUAUACAAGGAUAAAGAAGUAAUUGUGUUUGCAGAUAAAGACAUGAAAGCUAAAAUUCACCUCCAAGUUGUACCUUUUAGGCACAUUCAGAACAUAUUUGCUUUCCAGAAGCAAGAUGUUGUACUUAUAGAGAAAAUGAAGGAAAUUGGAGCAACAAUUUUGUAUGAAAAUGGCUGCCGCCGAAGAGAUAUUGUGCUAGGCUUUCACAUUCCUCCUUAUACAUCAGUAGAUCAUCUGCAUAUGCAUGCAGCAGCGAAGGUUUUUCCUAGAUACAGAAGAAAAUGCUUCGGAAAAGCAAUGGCACCGGUUAAAAAGGUCAUCCAAUAUUUGAACAGAUUUGGCUCGGUAAAAGAGAAAUAUCAGAGAAGAAGGAAUCCCUCCAAACGCCGGUAUAGAAGCCAUGAUAGAUAUGACCAUCACCGGAGACAUAGGCAUAGGCAUUAUAGAAGAGAUGAAGAGGAAAGUAAAAAACCAGAUUUUGAGAAGAGACAUAAGCAUAGAAGAAGGAGAAGUGGCACGACUAAGAGAACUAAUCAUUUUAGUUAAUUAUUAGAGCCAUUUACUAUUUAUCCAA